AUGGCACCCUUGAAGGCCCUUGCGGCCUUGGCUGCCACUGGGCUUGUCCAGCUAGCCUGGGCUAAACAGGUUAACUUCCAUUUGGACCUGACUUGGCAAAAGGGUGCGCCCGAUGGCAACGUGCGCGAGAUGAUCUUCAUGAACGAUCAAUUCCCCGGUCCCGAACUGCGCAUAGAUCAGGGCGAUGACGUCCAGUUCGUUGUACACAACAACAUGCCCUUCAAUACCACUAUUCACUUCCAUGGCAUUGAGCAGAGGAAUACCCCAUGGUCUGACGGUGUGCCAGGACUUACCCAAAAGCCUAUCCAACCAGGACAUAGCUGGACAUAUCGUUGGACCGCCACACAGUACGGCACUUACUGGUAUCAUGCCCAUGCUCGGGGUGACAUGUCCGAUGGUCUCUAUGGGCCGAUUUGGAUCAAUCCUGGCCCGGAUGUGCCUCAACCCUUCCAUCUUAUCUCGAACAAUACGAAGGAUAUUGAAGCCAUGCAAAACGCGGAGAAGAACCCUCAACUUGUCAUGCUCUCUGAUUGGGACCACUUGACCUCUAAUGAAUACCACAAAGUGAUGGAAGAUAGUCGUCUGGGACUUACUUGUUCUGACAGUGUUCUCAUCAACGGCCGCGGAGCAGUCUACUGCCCAGGGACCGAAAAGAUCUCCAGUGUGGAACUUUCCUAUCUGAAGAGCUCAAUUGGCGAUCGGCCACUGACUGACAAGGGAUGCCUUCCAAAUAUCUACGAAACCCAGGGCGACUUCUCUCCAACUUAUGAGGACAAAAUUCCAGCUGGACUAAAUUCUGGCUGUACUCCUACCAUUGGUUUGCACGAGAUUAUUGAAGUUGAUCCUAGUGCUGGCUGGGUCAGUCUUAAGUUCAUCAGUGCCGCGUCUAUCAAGGCUCUUAUGUUCUCUAUUGAUGAGCACCCGAUGUAUAUCUAUGAGGUUGAUGGUAGCUACAUCGAGCCCCAGCUUGCUGAGAGUGUUGAUAUAUUCAGCGGCGAGCGCUACGCCGCGAUGAUCAAGCUUGACAAGGCUUGGAAGGAAUACUCUAUUCGAGUUCCAGAUACCCAAGCUGAUCAGGUCAUUUCUGGGUUUGCUACAAUGAGAUACAAGGGGUCUAAGGACACCACCGCGUCUCUGCCCUACGUGGAUUACGGUGGAAGAAACACCUCCGCUUCUGUCCGUGGCCUGGAAGUCAAGGCCAUCAAGAAUUACCCUGCUGUCACUAUCCCUCAGACUGCUGAUCAGCUUGUCAACCUCACCCUUGGCCGUUUGGGCUCGUCUUACACAUGGACCACUUCGGGCAGUGGCUUGUACGACAUGAUGGCUAACUGGGACGAUCCGAUUCUCUAUAACAUCAACGCAAAGAACAACCUGGAACCGCAGGUCACCAUCCAAACCAAGAACGGAACUUGGGUCGAUCUAUUGCUCCAGUUAGGUGAAAUGCCCAACAGCCCUGCCAUCCAAGCCCCGCAUGUGAUGCACAAGCACUCUAAUAAGGGUUUCAUUCUCGGUGUUGGUCCUGGCAUCUUCAAUUGGUCUAGCACCGAAGAAGCUUACGCUGAACGCCCUGAAUUCUUCAAACUGGAGAACCCCCUGAUGAGAGAUACUUUCGUCACUAUUGGCCCUAAGGGACCAACAUGGAUGAUAGUGCGGUACCAGGUUGUCAACCCUGGACCCUUCCUCUUCCACUGCCAUAUCCAUACUCAUAUGGCCAAUGGAAUGGCUGUUGCUCUACUCGAUGGUAUUGAUGUGUGGCCUGAAGUACCCAAGGGCGAGGACCAGAGCCGCCACCCUCGGACUCAUAGCUAA